UUCCUUUGGAACAAUCACAAUGGAAAGAAGCAGAAGGAGGCCAAAACCAUCACAACCAAUACACAAACAUAGAGUUAUUUUCCUCAUCUACUCUCUCUUAUUCAGUCUCUUCCUCUUUGUCACAACAACAUCAAAGGCAGAAGAUUUUCCGGUUGGAUAUGGCUAUUCGAUUCGAUCGACGACCGUUGACUCAUCGGGGAGGUCGUUGACUGCUCAACUUCAGCUCCUCAAGAACUCCACUGCUUUUGGACCUGACAUUCAGAAUCUCAACCUUAUCGCCAGCUUUGAGAGUAAAGAUCGUUUGAGAAUCAAAAUUACAGAUGCCAACCAGGAAAGAUGGGAAAUUCCACAAGAAAUCCUCCCCCGCCAAACUCUUUACCCCCACCGCCUACUGCCGGAAAACCACCCAUCUCCACAGGAAAGCCAGUUCCUCUCAGACCCCAACUCCGACCUCGUUUUCUCCCUCCGCAACACCACCCCAUUUGGCUUCACAGUCACACGCCGCUCCUCCGGCGAUACCCUCUUCGACACGUCGCCGGAUCCUUCAGAUUCCGGCACGUUCCUCAUUUUCAAGGACCAAUACCUACAACUCUCCUCUUCUCUCCCCUCCAGCAGGUCCUCUCUGUACGGCCUUGGAGAGCACACUAAGAAAACCUUCAAGCUCACCCAUAACCAGACACUGACAUUAUGGAAUGCAGACAUUGCUAGUGCAAAGCUUGAUUUGAAUCUAUAUGGGUCACAUCCUUUUUACAUUGAUGUCCGUUCGCCGGCUUCUGAUGGCAGAGUGCCGGCGGGAACUACCCAUGGUGUGUUGUUGCUCAACAGUAAUGGAAUGGACAUUGUGUACAGUGGUGAUAGGAUUAGUUAUAAGGUUAUUGGUGGGGUUCUUGAUUUGUAUUUCUUCUCUGGACCAACCCCAGAAAUGGUUAUGGAGCAGUAUACCGAACUCAUUGGUCGGCCUGCCCCAGUGCCUUACUGGUCCUUUGGAUUUCACCAAUGCCGCUAUGGUUACCAAGACAUAAAUGAUAUUGAGGGUGUGGUUGCUGGCUAUGCAAAAGCUGGAAUCCCACUUGAAGUUAUGUGGACAGAUAUUGAUUACAUGGAUGCCUAUAAGGAUUUCACUCUCGAUCCCGCUAACUUUCCAUUGGACAAGAUGAAGAAAUUUGUUGAGAAGCUUCACCUAAGGGGUCAAAAAUAUGUGCUUAUCUUGGAUCCGGGAAUUAGUGUGACCAAGUCAUAUGAAACCUACAAAAGAGGGAUGCAAGCUGACAUCUUCAUAAAACGUAAUGGGAUCCCUUACCUGGGUAAUGUUUGGCCUGGACAAGUCUACUUCCCUGAUUUUUUAGAUCCUGCUGGUGGAAUCUUCUGGGGCAACGAAAUCAAAAUAUUCCGAAACCUUCUCCCCUUUGAUGGCCUCUGGCUCGACAUGAAUGAGAUAUCCAAUUUUUUAUCGUCCCCUCCCAACCCAACUUCUACCCUUGAUGACCCUCCGUACAAGAUAAACAAUUCUGGAGUGCAAAAAUCUAUUAUUGAGAACACUGUUCCAGCAACAUCCGUACAUUUUGAUAACAUUACAGAGUACAAUGUUCAUAACCUUUAUGGAUUCUUAGAAUCAAAAGCUACUAAUGCAGCUUUAAUCAACAUUACUGGUAAAAGGCCGUUCAUACUCACUAGGUCAACGUUUGUGGGUUCUGGGAAGUAUACCGCACAUUGGACUGGAGAUAAUGCUGCUACAUGGGAUGAUAUUGCAUACACGAUUCCAAGCAUCUUAAAUUCAGGAUUGUUCGGUAUCCCAAUGGUUGGAGCUGACAUUUGUGGUUUCUCUCAAGACACAACUGAAGAGCUUUGCCGGCGUUGGAUUCAGGUAAAAAUUCAUUGCUUUUUAGUCAGUGCAUUAAAAUCUAAUUAUUUCCCAUACGCUCUUCAUAGUACUUGGAAUGGAAUUUUUAGGAGUGAAAGUUUCACAAGCAUUUCAUAGUCAUUUUUUUUUGUUAUGCUGGCACUAUUGUAAGUCCAAUUUCCCUUUAAAAGUUUACCAAAACAAAAAUGAAUAACUUUCAUUCCAUAGUUUUUAAAAAUUGAGAACAUUUAUUCCUGUUUUAAUUAGAUGCUAAUUAUUGAUGCCAACAAUUUAUUCAAUCUAGCUCGGGUCUUUUUAUCCCUUUGCGAGGGACCACUCUGACAAGUAUACAACUCGUCAAGAGCUAUAUAUGUGGAAUUCAGUUGCUGCAGCAGCUAAGAAGGUCCUAGGACUCCGUUACAGGCUAUUGCCAUACUUUUACACCUUAAUGUACGAGGCACAUUCAAAAGGAGUUCCCAUUGCAAGGCCACUUCUCUUCUCAUUCCCUCAAGAUACCAAAACUUACGAGAUUGACUCACAGUUUCUCAUAGGCAAAGGCGUAAUGGUGUCGCCUGUGUUGAAGCCAGGAACAGUCUCAGUAAAUGCGUAUUUCCCAGCAGGAAAUUGGUUCGACCUCUUCAACUAUUCGCGUUCUGUGAGUGUAGUUCCAGGAAAGUACGUAACACUUGCUGCACCACCAGAUCACAUAAAUGUACAUGUUCGGGAAGGAAACAUAUUGGCCAUGCAAGGAGAAGCCCCGACAACACAACUAGCCCGAAAGUCCCCAUUCCAGUUAUUGGUUGUCAUCAGCAGCAGUGGAAACAGCACGGGAGAGGUUUUCUUGGACGAUGGAGAGGAAGUGGAGAUGGGCGGGGAUGGCGGGAACUGGAGCUUGGUAAGAUUUGAUGGUGGCAUUGUAGGGGAGAAAGUAAUAGUCAGAUCAAAGGUUGUAAAUGGAGACUUUGCUAUGCGUCAGAAGUGGAACGUAAACAAGGUAACAUUGCUGGGGUUAAAACAACAUUUAAAGAAGCUCAAGGACUAUGAGAUAAUCAUUAAGGUGGGAGGAAGGCUACAAAAUGGGAAGCCAAUGAUCAAAGAAAGUUUUGAUGGCAAUUCAUUCGUAAUUGCGGAAAUAUCAAUCCCAUUAUCGGUACCCAUUGGACAAGAGUUUCAAUUGGAGUUGACACUCAAGAAGUAAUGAAAGUAUGCAAAAGAGCUCAAAGCCACCCAUUUCUUUUCAAAUUUGCAAUUGUAGCCUGACACUUUAUGCUUGGUUAAAGCUCAAGCUUAAAUAAAGCCUUGAACCAGUCAUUUGUUGAAAACUUUUCAUUUGUAGAAGUACUUUGUCUUCUUUUUUUUCUUCCAUUGCCUUGUCCAA